AUGAUGACCAUGACUGCUAUGGCUGACGGUCUGGAAGCUCAAGACUCGUCCAAGUCUGCCUUCAUGGAGUUCGGUCAGCAAUCUCAUUCACAGCAAAGCUCCCCGUCCAUGGCCGCCAGCCACUACCCGCUCCACUGUCUCCAUUCGGGGUCUCACUCGCACCACCAGCACGAUAACUCCCCGUACUCCGCUACGAACUCCUACAACAGAUCGCUACCUUACUCCUAUGUGAGUCAUUCCCACCACAGUCCAUACCUACCAUCUUACCACAGCAACAACACAGCCAGCCAAACUCGGUUAGAUGGCACAGAACAGCAGAAAACGACAGUUAUUGAAAACGGCGAAAUUCGUUUUAACGGAAAGGGAAAGAAAAUUCGUAAACCUCGGACGAUUUACUCCAGUUUGCAGUUACAGGCAUUAAAUCACCGCUUCCAGCAAACACAAUACCUUGCACUGCCUGAACGGGCAGAGCUAGCUGCAUCACUCGGACUUACUCAGACACAGGUAAAAAUUUGGUUCCAAAACAAGAGGUCGAAGUUCAAGAAGCUUCUGAAACAAGGAGGUAACCCUCACGAGACUGACCCUCUGCCUGGUUCAAUCGCCCUGUCACCACGAUCUCCGGCAAUCCCGCCAAUAUGGGACGUUUCGUCGAACACUAAAGGAGUAAACAUGCCAGCAAACAGCUACAUGCCCGGUUAUUCUCACUGGUACUCUUCUCCGCAUCAGGACACAAUGCAGAGAUAGGUUUCCACGGAAAUCAAUAUGUAUCUAGGCCCAAGGCCUGGCCACAGAGAUUCUAAUCCAAACCAGUUUCCCCUGCAUCGUUGAUUUCUGACAUUUGAAAAACAAAACCGUGGCCGUCAAACACUGAAAGACAUUACAAAGGAAAGUUCGAACUUUUGAAGGACAACCGAGGACGGAUGUUCCGAUAUGACAAAUUCCAAAGGAAUGAACAUUGCAGUUGAACAUUCUCGUGGUUGUUCAGUGGGAUAUCUCCUAACUUGCUUUCUUUUUCAUUCUAAAGUGGACUUAACCAAACGCAACACGAAAAAGAAAUUGAACACUAAAGGGAUACCUUCAGACGUUGUUCAACAGACCACACGAAAUCCAAUUUUAAAAUGAACAAAAGCCUGUUAUCUUUGCAUUGCCCCCUGACCAUUUUAAACAUGCAAAACGAGGCAGUGUGAAUAUGUAUAUAUUGUCCAAUUUUAGUUGUAUAUACUUUUUAUGUUUUUAUGUUUUGUCUUUCAUAUAUGGAGUAAAACAUGACUUAAAAUAACGUCUCAUGUGUUUGAUGCCGGAUAUACAACAUUAAAAUGUUGACAUCCCCAAAAGGGGAAAGGUGUAUAUUAAAUGUAGUGUUUAGUUUUAGAGGUGUGCGUUUGUCAUCGAUUGUGAAUAUCAAACAUCUAUAUGUCA